AUGGAAACCAAGCCAGAACCAGGACCAUCAGCAGCAAAAGACGAAGAAGAACAAGAGAGGAAGAACCAUGAACAGAGUCUCAUCAACCAAGAGUUCGAGAAAACAAGAUCCACCAUCCUCGUCAACUCCCAACCACUCCCAACCGACCAGUUCAAAGUCAAAGUAGAAGGACCUAGGUUUGACCAGGACCGAUCGACGAUCGAUUUAGGAAACUUACUGAAUGCGUAUGAGGCCAUCGGAUUCCAAGCUACUAGCUUAUCUCAAUCGAUCGAGAUCAUUAACAAGAUGCGUUCUUGGAGGCUAUCAGAUGAUGAUCCGACGGUCGAAAGAGGCUCCAAGGAGGACGAAUCGGCGCGGAUCUUCUUGGGCUUUACCUCCAACCUGGUCUCCUCAGGCUUACGAGAGAUCAUCAGUUUCCUCGCCAAACACAACUACGUAUCGGUGAUCGUGACCACCGCUGGAGGGAUUGAAGAAGACUUGAUCAAAUGUCUCAGUCCGACUUAUCUGACACCAGAUAAGACAUUCGGCUCGGUAGAAGGGAAGAAAUUGAGAUCGCUUGGAUUGAAUCGGAUCGGCAAUCUGAUCGUGCCUAAUCAGAACUAUUGUCAAUUCGAGGACUGGAUCUUGCCCAUCUUCGAUCAAAUGAAACUCGAACAGGAUCAGUCUAAUGCUAAAUGGUCCCCUUCCAAGGUCGUCGAACGAUUAGGCCACGAGAUCAAUCAUCCCGACUCUUUCCUCUAUUGGGCUGCCAAGAACAAGAUCCCGGUCUUUUGUCCUGCCCUGACCGAUGGUUCUUUAGGAGAUAUGUUAUGUUUUCACUCUAUCAAGACCGACCCUAACCCUUUAGUGAUCGACAUCGUCGCGGAUAUUCGAAGGAUCAACGAGCUCGGUCGGUCGGCCAAGAAGGCCGGCAUGGUCAUCCUGGGUGGAGGGGUCUGUAAACAUCAGAUUGCGAAUGCGAUGUUAUAUAGAAACGGGGCGGAAUACUCUGUAUAUGUCAAUACGGGCCAAGAGUUUGAUGGGUCAGACAGUGGAGCCAGACCGGACGAAGCGAUCAGCUGGGGGAAAAUCAAAGGCGAUUCGGAAUCGGUCAAAGUAUUUGCGGAUGCUACUCUGGUCUUUCCUCUCAUCGUCGCCGCUACUUGGGCAAAAGAUCAUUGGAAAUCUAAGCCUGAAACUGAGACGACUGAGCCGGUCGAAUCCAAAAAAUAA